GGAAGAUCAAAAGAAACACUCAGCAUCCUGCCACAAGAGAGACUCUCACAUCUCCAAAAGCUGAGUUUGUGACAAAACUAGGAACAAGGGGAAAACUGAGAAAGAAAAGAUAAAAUUCUUUGUUUCAGGUUUAAUUAUUUUUGAUGUUAGACAAUCACUAAGGUGGCUAAGUAAUAAUAUUAUUUCUAGAGAAAGCAAUGAUAUUUACAGUUAAGAAAUUGGACAUAAAAGGCCAUCCUGCUUUACAUCUCAAGCAAUAGAGGACAAUCUCCUGGGAGUUUCUGGAAGGAAGUUCACAGUUAUGCAACUUCCCAAACCAUGAGCAUUUCCCUCUUCAAAAGUGCUUGAGGAUCAUCUCAGCUCCGCCUGCUACUCAGCAUUUCUCUCUGAUGCCAAACAAUGUUUUGAACUAGCCCUUCCUGAAUAAAACUUAAAAUGUAGAGGGAGGAACUUGCAUGAAUGGCUCUUAAAACUGUAUUUUAUUACAGGAAAGCAAAAAAUCAAAAACCAAUCACAUAGUUCAAAACAAGUAUUCUGUAAGAUGAAGAUUGUUGUCUUGUCACUUAUAUAUGGUAGGAAACAUGACUCUAGAAGAGAGACAUUCAUUUAGAAGUAUAAAAAUACAAUCCAACCUUAUUUUGUACUUUCUGCAUUAAUAAUCCAAACUAAAUGCUGCACAGCAUUAGAAAAUAUGCAAUUUGUACUUGCUUCUCUCUCUAAUAAAGGAACUCCACUAAAAUAAUGUUCCUCUGAAAUUAAGCAACAUUUCAAUGACAUGAGAACUCUGACUCAAUUUUCUGGAUAAGAUCACAAAUAUUUGGCUUCAAUGGCAGAAGGUUUUGGAACCAGACAUCACAGUCUUCCUUCAUUAUCAUUAACUUAAAUGGCUUUUAGGGAACUUAGGCCAAAGCUUGUACUUUGAAUUUAUGUUAAUUCCUUGCUGGGAAGGAACAGUGGUAAGAAUUCACUCCACAGUUACCAGAACUUGUCAAGCACUUUAAUUUCAUCUCGGACUUUAUAAUUCCAUAUUCUCCAGAAUCCCAGUAUGACAGCUUUAAUUCUUAAUUAUUUUAGUCCCAAGAGCUUUUUUCAGCAUCAAAACCAUUAGAAAAAAGCUGUGCUGCAUCUACAGCCCAAAACCCCACAUUCCUUGUCACCAUCACCCUCAUGAGCUAUGAUUCAUUAUCUAAUCUUUCAUCUUCCUUUUCAAGAAGAAUUUGUUUAUGAAGACCACAGAAAAGCAGCUUCUCAAAUGUCCAGUCUCUCUCAAUCUUUAUCAUUCUUAACUAUUUGUAGUCCAAACCAUUCACACCAUUGACUUAUUUAUCAUCAUCCUGGGGAUAAAAAUCCCUGUCCUACUGAUAAUCAAAACUUUGCUGGCUUGGCCUGCAGAGCUGGAAAGAGCAUAAACUCUUCUUCCUGCCCUUCCUUGAUAAUGAAUUCUCACUUCCUAAAGAGAGAAUUUCUACAACGCUUUGUAUGAUUUAGUGCAGGGAUUCCCAAACUGCUGCUCAAUGCAUAUACAGAACCUGUGAUAUUUUCAGAAUGUUUAUAAUACUUUAGCAUUGCUUCUUUUCACUAGCCAGCUAGAACAAGACUUGUCCACUCAGUAUUUAGCUACGAAACCAAACCUAAACCAGGGAAAAACUGAAAUGCAAUGCAAGAAAGUAAUUAAAAGACUAGAAACAAUUACCUCCACUUUUUUUUCUCCUCCACAUAACCUAUUCUGUUACAGUCUGAAAAUCCUGUGCUGCCUCUUAGUCUCAAAAAGCAUUCCUCAGAAAUGCUCUCAAUUCAUCUAGAUGUAAUUGAAGGAAGUAUUUCUGAGCACUGUUUGUUGCCACAAGCCUAUUCCUCUCUCACCUGAAGAUUAAAUAACUGCACUAUUUCCACUGUUCUUGCUCUGCACAGCCUACAAAGCACAGCUGAAGCAGAAUGAAAUGCUGGUAAGCUGCAUAGCUCAGUGGCAGUUUGACACUAACAUCCUGCAGCUCGCAGCAGCUGCUGAUUUUUAACCUCUAGCACCUUGAAAGGUGUCAUAUUUGUCUUUCUGGUCAAUUAGCUUCCACCUUCUCUGCAGCAGUACUGACUGCAUUCCAAAAAUAUGGCUGAGGUGCUGUACCUGGAAAAGCAGCAAUCCAAACAGCUGUCUCUGCCUGAUCUCCCCAGGAACUGAAGUGGUUUUGCUCAGGUCCAUCUACUGCUGCUACCCUGCUCACUUCAGACUUAAAGUCAAACUUCUAAACAGAGCUCAAGUAUUUUUAAGAUACUGUAAUAAAAAGCAUUAUUCUGCAGGGGCUUUUUCCCCCCCAUGAACAGAUCCAUCUACCCUCAAUAACUCCUCUUCCCUCCAUGCUUUGGUGCAGAAAAAAGCCAAGCCUGCACUUGCACUUGUGCUUCCAAGGUAGGCACUGCUCCACUUGCAGCUUCUAAGGGGAGCUGCUCCAAGGCACUUCCUGCUCCUGGGCACUCCGGAGGGAUCCGCCUCCCAGCAGGGCUGGCUUUCAAACAGGCACAACCAGAUUCCCCAGGCACCAAGUAAUCAAUUUGCCUGUCUCCUGCAGUUGCAGAAGGCAGUUUCACUCUACCACUCCUGAGGAUGAUCGCACUUGGACAACGAUAUAAGAAUUAGAAGCAGGAAGAAUGAAGGAAAUACUUCAUGGAAUGUUACUCAAACACGUUACUUAGGGAAUAUUCUGGAAAAAUGUUUUUGGGAUUAUACUGAAGCUUAACCUCAAGAGUUUCUGUGAAAAGGGUAAAAGCCACCAGUACAGGAUUCAGAGUGCAACAAAACAAACCAAACAAAAAAGAUACUGGAAUUAACUUCCUGUGUUGCAAGUGGGAAAAAAUAACAAACCAAAAAACAACCCAGCAAAGAAUCCUGACCACAAAAACCAUGAGAGAUCGUCUGCAAGAGCUGAAACUGAGGGUUAAAGAACUACAGAUAGCUGGGGAAAACAAUGGUGCAACUGUACAAGAAGAGGAGCAGGAGGAGUUUGAACAGCAGGCCAUUAUUUAUGAAAAAGAGCCCAUAACUGAAAGGCACUUGCACGAAAUCCAGAAGCUUCAGAACGAAAUUAAUAACCUGGUGGAAGAAGUCGGCAAAUUCAGCCAACAACAAAGAAGCCUGGUGUCUUCAAUGAGAAGAUUCAGCGUUCUCAAGAAGGAAUCCAACAUAGCAAGGGAGAUCAAAAUUCAAGCAGAGCACGUUCGCAGGUGUUUGGACGAGCUGUCAAAAACGGUGAGGAGGGCUGAGAACGAGCAGGGGCCGGCGCGAGCCACGGUGAGGAUCCUGGCAGCCCAGCACGCCUUCCUGUCCCACCGCUACCUGCAGGCCAUGCUCUCCUACAACGAGGCCAUCACCGCCAAGCAGGACAAGUGCAGGACCUUCAUCCUGCGCCAGCUCGAGGUAGCUGGCAAAGAGGUGUCUGAGGAAGAAGUCAAUGACAUGCUCCAGCAAGGAAAAUGGGAGAUUUUCAAUGAAAAUCUGCUCACUGAAGUCAAGAUCACUAAGGCUCAGCUGUCAGAGAUUGAGCAGAGACACAAAGAACUGGUCAAUCUGGAGAACCAGAUCAAAGACAUGAAAGAACUCUUUAUCCAGAUCUCAGUUUUGGUGGAGGAGCAAGGGGAAAUGAUCAACAACAUAGAAAUGUGCAUGAACAACACUCAAGAAUAUACUCAAGUAUCUAAAGAAAAGUUUGGGCUUGCAGUCAGGUACAAAAAAAGAAACCCUUGCAAAGUGAUUUGCUGCUGGUGCUGUCCGUGCUGCAGAUGACAUAAAAAAUUAACUGUUUGAAAUACCAAUGGUUCCUCUACACCAAACUGAUCUUGGAAAGCACUCUUGGGAUCCCUCCACUGCUUCACUCUUCUUCCCAUUUUCCCUUCAGCAGAGAUCCCAGAAAAAACCACACUCAUUUUUCAAAACAGAGUAAAGAAUGUUAUGGUUUUCACAGAAACAUGUGAACUACAGAAAGGAUAAAAGUGACACUUUUUGGUUCUUCUAAGCUUCUUCAAAGUUUAGAAGUUCUAAAGUUUAGUUUGGUUCUUCAAACUGAAACAGUGUGAUAACAAACUCCCUGUGCUGUUGGGAAGCAUUGAAAAUACUGUUAAUCUCAAAAACAGGAUUCAUAAAAAUGUUUUAUUUACUUUUCACAAAAUAAUAAUAAGUAUUUUUAAUUGCCUUGUGUUUUUUCAGAGUUUAUAUUUACUUGCUCAAAUUCUAAAUGUUUUUUUUUAACCCAGGAAUCUGAAAUUCUACAAAACAAAUCCACACAUGAAGCAGACAGCAUUGUAACAAUCCAGAAUGGGAUCCCAAACCAAAUAUGA